AUGAAGAAGAGCAAGUCCAGUAACGUAAUCGAAGUUCGACCUCACGAGAGACAGGCUACACUCACUGGAUUGAGACCCUACACCAAGUACAACAUUGCCAUAAAGGCGGAGAAUGAAGUCGGUUUUAGUUUGGAAAACUCGUUGGUUCUUACAACACAAGAAGCUAAACCUGAAGGGCCAGUUCAACAGUUGAAUGCCAGUGGAACAGCCUCCGACACAAUCUACGUGGCAUGGCAAAAACCGAAGCUCGAACUGCGAAAUGGCAAUGUGGAUCGAUAUUCUGUCUGUUACCAACGCGUCAAUGAGAGUCGACUAGUUGGUUCAAGCCAGGCUGAUUUAGUGCGUUUACCUUGGCCCAGACAGGAUCUUCAGGUCACCGAAGACUCGAGUAUUGCAAGUGGUUCGAGCCAAGUUUUCUGCUCGCUACAUCGUCAACAGGACACCGAGAUAACCGGACUCACAAAAUUCACGGCCUAUGCAAUUCGAGUGAUUGCAAUCAACAGCAAAGGCCAAUCACCGCCGGCUUACGUCUUAGCAAGAACCUUGGAAGACUUACCUCAAGCUCCACCGACAAAUGUCACCUGCUUAUCACAACAAUAUAGCAUAGCAGUUUCUUGGGAUCCGCCAAAUUUUGAAACUGUUAAUGGCAUUCUGACCGAGUAUCUAGUUAACUACUACAAAGCCAAUGACUAUGGAGACGAAACUAACUCCGUAAUCCAAGUUGUCCAGGGACAGACAACCGUUACCCUGGCUGGUCUCCUUGCCAAUACAAACUAUGUCAUUCAGGUUGCUGCUAGCAACAGGAAGGGUCGUGGUCCUCUGUCACCUCUAAAGACGUGUACUACUACCGAGGCUCCACCGGAAGCUCCAGAAAACGUGAAAGCACUGUCUGUUAACGAAAGUUGUGUCAUGGUCUCCUGGUCACAUCCAAGUCGGCCUCAAGGACUGACAAGACGCUACUGCAUAGCAGUCUACCGACAGGACAACCUCUAUCGAUCCUCUGGUAUUCCAAUGAAUUCCGGACCUAUGAUUGGUUCCGGUUUAAAUGCUGGACCAGUGGCCAGCCGUUGUGACAAUCCCGACUUCAGCAAACCAUAUAAUUACUAUCUCUUUUGUGGUCUGAGUCCUGAAUACCUUUACAAUAUCUCAGUAAUGGCAAAGAAUAGGUUUGAUGGAAGGAGAGCCUACGUUUCUUCAGUUGCUCUAACUUCUCAUCCUACCCUUUCUAUAAUUUCGAUUGGCGGAACAAUCGUUGCUGAAGAAGGAAUGCGAGUUCUCAUGGAUUGCUUAGUUGUCGGCUACCCGUCUGUGGAUUGGACAUUCGACAUCGUCGAUGAUGUACAACAGCUUGACAACGGUACACUGAUAAUUGAGUCCGUUGAACCUCGACAUUCUGGAAAAUAUAUCUGUCGUCAUAGGGAGGAUUCGAUAUCUUACGAGUUGAAAGUUCAGGCUGUAUCGAACGAUCUGCCGAAGUCCCCUGUUGUCCAUAAAGUCACACCAAGUCUUCGAAACAUACAAGUGGAAUGGCUUUCACCAGGUUCCCGUCGCCCUGAGGCAGCCAUCACCUGGUUUCACCUUGACUGGACCAAUGAAUACACCUCUCUAAAGGACUCAGUACGACUACCCGCAGAUAGGAGGACUUAUUAUCUGUCAAAUUUGACAUGUGCAACCACAGUUCGUUUCCAAAUUCGAGCUGAGAAUCAAUUUGGCUUUAGUGUACCGACGGAGAAUAUUUCAGCUAAAACUGAAGGCUCUGCUCCUCUCCUUAUUGGUGAAACGGAUAUGGUGCCAACGGAAUUUCGUUUACAAAACUCUGUUACUUUCAAUUUCUCUGUCUUCGGUCCUGGAAAUAACUGCUCUCCAAGCGUCUACCGAUUCAGAAUCUGGCCGGCUGCUGACGGUUCUAAAACAAAUCCAACGGGCUUUCAAUCACAUUCACCAGUUCCUUCCUCUUCAAUACUCAUUGGUGCAUCUAGCAGUACUCUUUUAUCAUCACAUGAGAAGGGCUCACCAUCAGGGGCUUCAGUCACCCCCCUUCGCUACAAUCUCUCUCUCACUAAGCGUGAUCUCUUCAGCUUUGACGGCAAACCGUGGAAUCGACGGUGUUGUUACAAUCUCUCCGGUCUCCAUCCCGGCUCCCACUAUCACUAUCAUGUAGUGGCGGAAAAUCCUGCGGGCAAAACACCGCAUUCUGGCUUCUUUUGGACUAGAACUGUUGCAGGAACCAUACCUAAAGUCGAUAGUACUACAACGCUUGGACAAUUACCCCCUUUUUCCCAGCCAGCUGUAAUUAUUCCGCUCACAUUCGUACUUGUCGUUCUUCUUGUGGCCAUCCUCGUCCUCUCUUUAUACUGCCGUCAUCGAAAAAUGGAGUCUGAUUUCAAUUCUUCUGCGGCGAAUAAACCCGUGGUGGGUCGACCUAUGCCGGUCAUUGGCCAUCCCCAGUCGUCAGCACACAUUCAACAGAUGCAGCAUCCCGGAGCAUAUGGUGGAGGCGGCAGGCAUCGUGGUACACUCCCACCAAUACCGGUGAAUGAUUCUACUGAGAAGGGGUCAGAGUAUCGGGAAAAAGGAGGAUUCCUUGGGCGAUGGGGUCGAAGUACCAGACUCUAUGAUCGUGGUAGAGCAGGGACAAUUAUGCCUCCUUCAGUCGUUCAACCGUCCACUGCCAUUGAACCAGACCGACUAUCCACCAAUUCCAUGGACAGUACUGGUAAUUUGAAUCCCUAUGCGACGUAUGCCGCUGGAGGAAUUCUUGAGGAGGAAGUUACUCAGCCAGUUGCAUCGAAAUCGUCUACCACCCUACAGCCUUCUUCUAGAAAUCUCACAACUGGUAGAACUUUGGACUCUUCCGCGGGAACGUAUGCCGCUACUGCCGGUGCCACGAGAAUGUACAAAACUUUCAAUAAAGGUGGCAUUUCAGCAGCCACAACUUAUCAUCGUGGCUACGCAAGAGCUCGAGGAUCGAACGGUAAUGGAAACACAUCAAAUGGCGGUCCACCUGGAACUGCGGUUGGUGGUCCCUCUUCUGGCGUAUUCUACGAUACCCGUAAUCCCCAUUUAGCCCUCGAUCCCCUCACUGCUGCUUACCGUGGUAGUGUCCUCAGUUCAACCACCGUCUCUUCCAAUCAGGAUGAACUUAUGCAGGCCUAUGAAUAUGGCCGCAAGCACGGUCGUCUUUUAGCCACUGGAAACACUGUCAGUAUUCCAACUUCCCACCCUGGUGAUAUCCCAGUCUCUACUGCCGUGAAUUCCCUAAACGGUGGGUCAGGAUCCAGCGAAACAACAGAUCCUGGCAUUUGUCAAUUCACCCAACAACCACCCUUGCCGGAUGAACUCGAUGGUGGUGGACGAUUACCGGCGGGACCUUCCAAUGAUAUUGCAAGACGUGGUGGUGGCGGCGGCGGCCGACAAGGAUUGGCUGCAAUGGCAAUUGCAAGUGAAGCUCUGCCACCAGCUUUCCUGAAGCGACAGCUAUCAGAGUGCCCAUCAGAGAUGACUGACGCGUACUCAUCGGUGGAUUACUCGGCUAUUGGAGCUAAUCAAUCUAGAGCUAUCGUGCCAGCUGUUAGAGCCGGACAGAUUUCCAAGUUACCAACUAUUCCUCAAAAUCAACAACUCAUAUCCGCUCGAAUUGAAUUUCCGGAUCUCGAGAGUGACUCUGGAAUGUCUGCUAUGUCGCGAGGGCCAAUUGAAGUGCGUGGUUAUCAUCGACAGUCUAGCCAACACAGUUACUACUACCCCACAGUGGGAGCUGCUGCUGCGGGUCCUGGCAUGAUCGCAGGAGGCACCAAUUACUACGGUCACUCCGCGGGAGUGCCGAGGCAACAGCAACUCCAGAGAGGUGUUGUGCGGCGACAGGAGUCCAUGUCAUCCGGAGUAGCUGCCAAUGCUUCAAGGUCAAGGCAAUCCCAGCAGCACUACCAAAGGACACGAAAAGCGUCAACUCGAAGUACCGGCACAAGCAACGCUACUUCAACGGGUUAUAGUUCGGCUCCUCGAAUUGGUGUAGUCCCUGAUGGAAGAUCACAGCAGCCUUCAACGACUAACCCUCCAUCCACUGUGCCUGCCGCAGCUAUUGGACAUGUUGAGUCAGCAGAAGAUGAGGAGAAUAUCUACACCUCAGAGUUUGUCCUUGUCUAG